UUUAAACAUAAAACCUAUAGUGAAUCUGUUCCUUUGCGUGAACUCCCUUGCUGCUCAAGUUGUGAUGAGUGGGGUUAAAAAUCGUAUUUCUCAAUACGCACAUUGAUUUUCGGGAUAUAGUCUUUCUGUCUCAGUCUGGUGCUCUGAAAUGGGCCACUGAUUUAUCCAGAGUGCCCAUGAAGGUCUCCAUCUAGCUCGAUCUAGCCUGAGGCAGAGAUAAAACUCAAAAGAACCAAGCUCUUCGUUCACGCAAUAUACGCUGACUUUAUUUGGAGGCUGCACCAACCUCAUUAACCUGGAAUCACACAGAGAUGAGUGUUGUACCGUGUGGAUAUUCUUGAACAGAACUCUGGGAUUCACUCGGCAGACAACCAAUCGCGCCCCGCCCACGACGGUUGGAAGGGCGCAUGCGCAGAGACUGUCUGCGCUCUCCUUCACUGAUCCUCUACUGCUGCGAGUUGCGUAAAGAAAGUCAGCUCACUCCGCCGCGCAAAUAAAGACAUGGCAGAGAGAAGACAAGGAACUGCACCUCAGCCGAGAGAGAGCAAAGGUUGUGGCUGUCAUGCAGCCAGUGGACCUGGCACCAUGGCUGUCCCUCCUUCAUACUCGGAUUUGGGGAAGUCUGCCAAAGACAUCUUCAACAAGGGCUUUGGUUAUGGAAUCCUGAAGCUGGAUGUGAAGACCAAGUCCCAGAGCGGCGUUGAGUUUGCCACCUCGGGCACCAGCAACACCGACUCAGGGAAGUCUGGUGGUCACCUGGAGACCAAGUACAAGAUGAAGGAGCUUGGCCUGAACUUCACCAACAAGUGGAACACUGACAACACCCUGACCACUGAGAUCACAGUGGAGGACCAGCUGGCUCAGGGACUGAAGGUUGGCUUGGACACGUCGUUCGUUCCAAAUACUGGGAAGAAGAGCGCCAAACUGAAGACGGCCUACAAGCGCGACUUCAUCAACAUGGGUUGCGACCUGGAUUUCGACAUGGCGGGUCCCACCGUGCACGCCACCGCCGUGCUGGGAUACGAAGGCUGGCUAGCUGGAUACCAGAUCGCCUUCAACACAGCCAAGUCCCUUCUUACCCAGAACAACUUCGCUCUGGGAUACAAAGCUGCUGACUUCCAGCUGCACACCAGCGUUAAUGAUGGCACAGAGUUUGCUGGCUCCAUUUACCAGAAAGUGAACAGCAAGAUGGAGACGGCGGUCCAACUGGCCUGGACAGCCGGGAGCAACAACACCCGCUUUGGAGUGGGAGCCAAAUACCAGCUGGACAAAGACUCAUCUCUAUCGGCCAAAGUCAACAGCGCCUGUCUGGUCGGUGUUGGAUACACACAAACCAUGAGGCCAGGGGUGAAGCUCACACUCUCAGCUCUGAUCGACGGCAAGAACGUGAACGGCGGCGGGCACAAAGUUGGAAUGGGAUUCGAGCUGGAGGCGUAAAAUUGUCGGAGGAAGAAUGAGCCUGGAAGUGGCACACACUAAUUCCACCCUGCUUCACAUCUUCAUUUUAGUUGACACACACCAACACACUCUCUCUGGCCUUAAACCUUGUGCCAUGGACAAUCUGUAGGAUCCUCAGUACUGUAUUUUGACAGGAAUCGAGCCUCUGCAACUGUUUUCCAGGCAUUUCUUUUGAGAAAACGGGAAUUGUUGUCAAUACACACACACAUACACACACUCACAGCUCAUACAAGUGCGCUGCUAACAGCAUUUGUGUAGAUGUGUGUGUGUGAGUAUUCUUACAGACAUGUUCAGCUCAUUUCUCUUCUUGUCUAAAGAAGGUGUGUGCAUUGUUUUUGCUUGUUGUUUUAUUGCAUGCCCGAAGGAAUGGGGGUGUUUCCAUGACAUGGCGAUGUGUUCUGAUGCAAUAAAGUCAAAGAGAUGACAGUCUGUGACUGUGAUAAGAUUUUCUGUCUCUGCUCUUCAUCUACCGUAUGACUACAUUUGUCUGUGCUUUCGCUCUUCAACAAUUAGGACCUCAAUGUGAUUUUGAAUAAAGGAAUG